AUUGAUCUAUAAUCACUGAAGUCACUAGUACAAUGGAUUAGACUUAAGCAGUGAAAGUUAAAGUUGUGAACAAUUAUCAAUUGUAUCCCUCUCAACUUCUCAAGAAAAACCAAAUGAAUUCAUAUGCGGACAUUGCGUCGUGGGUGAGACAGUCGAGGAAAUUGUAUAAAGAAGAAGGAAAGCGUAAUAUUUACUAAAUCAACAGUCGAAUUGCAAAUUAAUAUUCCCAAGUUGAUGAUCUGAUCAGAAAAGGGCGAUGAUGCGGUGGUUGUUUGUUUUCGGUGGGGGAUUGCUUGUUGGAGCAGUUGCGAUUGUGUCUCUGGAAGCUUUUCUAUUGUAUUAUUUCUUCCUCAACAGAUUGGCGCACAAGAGGAUUCAACGCGCCAAUUCGUUCUCUCAACACCUCGAUCCUCAGCAGUCCUUGGAGAAUUAUUACAACAAGAAGGGGGUUGUGUGGAUUCUGGAGUCCAAAAAUGAUAAACUCUCGAAGAAAAAGGAUAUCUUCGAGGUGAGCCCUGUUAAGAAAUAUGGGAACAUCAAGGAUAGGGUUCUCAUUUUGACAGAUUCAGAUGCUUCCCAUGCCUCUGCUAUCCCCUUAACCCAUUGCUCGGUAGAAGCUGUUUCCGCUUCAGAUCUUCCCUCUAGAAAGUGGGCCAAAAGAUUUCCCAUAAAAUUAGAAAGCAAGACUUCAGUAAUAUAUAAUGCAAGUAAGACAGUUUACCUUUAUCUUGAAACUUCUUGGGAGAAGGAGUCAUGGUGUAAAGCUCUUCGUCUUGCAUCAUGCAAUGACAACAAAACCCUUAACUGGUUCACCACCAUGAAUCAAGAGUUCCACACUUACUUGACAUCUUUAAAUACCGGAUACCCUUCACUUAUGAAACCCUCUGCAGGGUUCCAUGCUGAACCUGCUGAUAGGUUCACUAAGCUUGAUGGAUCUGGAUCAAAAGUUCGCUUGUUUCUGAAAAAGCUUGCUAGAAAAGCUUCAAGAACCUCUGUGGAGACCAGGGGAACUUUUUCGUUGAGCCGCGAAGAGAGAAUAUUUAAUGAUAGGACUCGGUCAUCACAAGAUCCUGCUCCGACGGCUAGCUUGGUAAAGACAACAGCAAAGGCGCUUCCCAGUUCCGAGGAGGAGAAUAUGACGGCACUUCCUUCGUCAACCUUUUCUCGUUCAGCAAGCCAGAGCCCUAAUUCUGAUGUGGAUUCUGAUGACAAGUUCAAUGUUGAUGAAGGAACACUAUGUUGGAAUUUGCUUAUUUCUCGUUUCUUUUUUGAUGCCAAAAGCAAUGCCAGUUUAAAGAAUGCAGUGCAAGCACGGAUUCAGAGAACAUUGUCCAAUAUGAGGACACCGAAUUACAUUGGUGAAGUCAUAUGUACUGAUCUGGCCCUGGGAAGCCUUCCACCUUAUAUUCACGGUAUUAGAGUUCUGCCUACAGACAUGAAUGAGGUAUGGGCAUGGGAGAUUGAUGUUGAAUAUCGUGGCGGGCUCGUUCUAGAUAUUGAAACAAGAUUGGAAGUUCAAAACCUUGAAAAAGAUAUGGUGGAUGCAAACUCAGAAUCAAGCUCUGUUGGGGAUGUAUCUUCAGAACUUCUGGAAGGUAUUGAAUAUUUUGGAAAAGAGCUAAAUAUUUCUGAAGGAACUGCUGAUAUGCAAGAAAGGAGGAAUGAAGGAAAUCUUAAACUAGAUGGGUUGAAACAUUCUGCAAGUUUUUUGCCAGCGUCAACUAACAUAUCUAGGUGGAAGUCUAUUCUUCAUUCCAUAGCAAAACAGGUUUCUCAGGUGCCCCUUUCUUUGUCGAUAAGGAUAGCAUCCCUUCAUGGAACACUGCGGUUACAUAUAAAGCCUCCUCCUUCAGAUCAAAUAUGGUAUGGUUUCACAUUUAUGCCUGAUAUAGAGUUCGACUUGGAAUCAUCUGUUGGGGAACAUAAGUUUAGCAGUGCACAUAUUGCUUUGUUCUUGAUCAAUCGGUUUAAGGCUGCCAUCAGGGAAACAAUGGUGCUUCCAAAUGUUGAAGGCUUAUGCAUUCCAGGGAUGUUGGCAGAAAAGGAUGAUUGGGUCCCUCGGACAGUUGCUCCCUUUAUGUGGCUUAACCGAGAAGCUAGUAGUGACCAAGCCACUUCGUCUGAAUCCCUUAGCGCUCAGUUUGAUGAGACAAAAAUAAAGGUGUCUCAGAGAAAAGCCUCUAGUAAUGAUCCAGAAAGCCAGCAUUUAAAGACAAAGAACCUGGAAUGCACUCAACAGUCAAUUUCCGAGUCUUCUGAAGCCUCAGAGAGCUCCACAAAGUCAUCUAUACAAAGCAGUAAAUCAUUACAAGAACUAACAAGUCCUUUAUUGGUAGGUUAUGAUCAGCAAGAAACUAGCGAACGAAACAGGGGGUGUAUCUCCCAGUGUCAAUCACCAUCUAGGUCUAUUGUAACUGUAGAAAAACAGAAUUGUGCUGUGGAGGAGGAAGAUUCCAGAUCCAAGAGAAUGGGAAGAAGAGCAAGGAUGGUAGAUUUGGGGAAGAAGAUGGGGGAGAAACUUGAGGAGAAGAGACGGCAUAUUGAAGAGAAAGGCAGGAUCAUUGUUGAGAAAAUGAGGGGACCAUGAAACUGCCAAGAUGGUAGAAACGAUUAAUUUAGUCAACUUGUGAAAUAGUAAUGGAAGAAUCUUAUGAUAUCGGACUUUCUCUCUCAAGUGCAGGUUGUAGGACAAAUAUCACUUUUCUGAACAGACAGGCUUAUUUACUGCAGUGUGAUUUGAUUUCCAUUGCCUUAAAAGUGAAGAGGCAGCAAGAGUGUUCAUUUUGAAGAAUACAUAUGUAGCCGAUAGCAAUCCAUAUCACCAGAAUGAUCUUCAACAGCCUAGUAGAGAUAGUUACUUCGAGAGAAGCAAGAUGCGCACAUCCAAACUUGAAGCAAGAGUUGUAUUUACUCAUUUACUUGGAAUUUAUAGAAUCUAGAGUUAGCAAUGAGAAGAAAAUAUUUUCCAACUUUGUAAUUGCACACUUCAUGCAAGCAAGCUAGCAGACCAAGAAUCCUCAAAACAGAAAUAAAAGGAAAACUCAACCGAAAA